UCAUGUCUGUCCUGCUGACUCUGUGUGUCGUGCUCUUGUCCCUGGCGACCCCGGGCCGAGGCGCCGGGCGAUGGGGGCCCUGCACGGACCUGCGGCCCCUGGACAUCCUGGCAGAGGCGGUCCCUCCUGAUGGCACUGCGGUUGGGGUCAGGGUGACACAGGUCCAAGGUGCCCGAGGACUUCAGCUCUCAGCCGCUGACCCCCAAGACCUGAGCUUCCCAGCGUCAAGGAUUUUCUUCAGAUGCGACCUCUUCCCGGAAGAAUUUUCCAUCGUCGUAACCUUGAAAGUUCCCAGUCUCCCCGCUAAGAAGAACGAGUACCUGUUCACGGUGGUGGCGGAGGAGCGGGACUCGCUGCUGCUCGGCCUGCGCUACUCGCCCGCCCAGCUGCACUUCCUCUUCCUCAGGGAGGCCGGGGCGCGCGCCUGGCGGGCCCGCGUGUCCUUCCGCGGCCCGGCUCUGACGGACGGCCGGUGGCACACGCUGGUCUUGGCCGUGUCCGAAGGCUCCUUCUCCCUCACCACGGACUGCGGCCUCCCCGUGGACAUAAUGGCUGAUAUGCCCUUCCCGGCCACCCUAUCGGUGCAAGGAGCCCGGUUCUUCAUCGGCAGCCGGAGGAGGACCAAAGGCCAGUUCACGGGCCUGGUGAGGCAGCUGGUUCUGCUGCCCGGCUCAGACGCCACCCCGAGGCUCUGUCCCUGCAGGAAUCCUGAGCUCGCCCUGCUGUCCACCCCCCCUAUCCUGCGGGGACUCACGGGGAAGCUGGAGGAUAAUGAGGUGCUAAAGUAUCCCUAUGAAACCGACAUGAAGGUGACGCUGGGAUCCCGGCCGCCGUGUACCAAAGCGGAGGACACCCAGUUCUGGUUUGACGCCGGCCGCAAGGGGCUAUACCUGUGCGUGGGCAGCGAGUGGGUCUCCGUGUUAGCAGCCAAAGAAAGGCUGGACUACGUGGAGGAGCACCAGAGCCUGUUCACGAACGCGGAGACGCUGGGUAUCGAGGUCUUCGUCAUCCCUGAGGCCGGGCUCUUCGUGGCCACUGCCAACCGCAAAACCACGUCCGCCAUCUACAAAUGGACCGACGGGAAGUUCUCCUCGUACCAGGACAUUCCCACGCACCAAGCACAGUCCUGGAGACAUUUCACCAUUGGAAAAAAGAUCUUCCUGGUUGUGGCUGAUUUUGAACCGAACGAAAAGGGUCAGGAGUUCUCUGUCAUUUACAAGUGGAGCCAGAGAAGGCUGAGGUUCACGCCGUACCAGCGGGUCCUCACCCACAGCGCCCGGGACUGGGAGGCCUUCGAGGUGGCCGGGGAGCACUUCCUGGCCGUGGCCAACCACCGGGAAGGCGACAACCACAACAUCAACAGCGUCGUCUACAAGUGGAACCCAGGCACCCGGCUCUUCGAGGCCAACCAGACCAUCGCCACGUCAGGCGCCUACGACUGGGAGUUCUUCACGGUGGGGCCCUACGCCUUCCUGGCUGUGGCCAACGCCUUCAACGGCACGUCCACGCGGCUGCACUCCCACCUGUACGUGCGGCUGGGCGGCUCCUUCCAGAUCUUUCAGUCCUUCCUGACGUUUGGCGCCGCAGACUGGGAGGUUUUCCACAUCGGGGAGAGGGUGUUUCUCGCCGUCGCGAAUAGUCACCGCUACGACGUGGAAAUGCAAGUGCAAAACGACUCCUACGUCAUCAACUCUGUCAUCUAUGAACUGAAUGUCACCGCGCAGACAUUCGUCAGGUUCCAGGAGAUCCGCACCUGCAGUGCUCUGGACUGGGAGUUUUUCUCAGUGGGAGAAGAUUAUUUCCUGGUGGUUGCAAACUCCUUCGACGGAAAUACCUUCUCGGUAAACAGUAUUAUUUACAGGUGGCAGGGGUACGAAGGUUUCGUGGCCGUGCACAGCCUCCCGACCUUCGGCUGCAGGGACUGGGAGACCUUCCGCACGGCUGCCGGCUCCUACCUGGUCUACUCCAGCGCCAAGGAGCCGCUGUCCCGGGUGCUGAAGCUGAGGACAGGGUGA